CACUUCAAUUUUUUUCUUGUAGGUAACCAUAACUCCAAUUCCAAUUGUCAAAACUCGAUCUCGAAUAAAAAACGGUAGACUAGACUCACUAGAAUUACAGGAAUCCGUAAUUAAAUAAGUUUCAUCAAAGUUGUUGCAAGAAGUAAAUUAAAUACGUAUGUACUUAAGUCAAACUUGAGUUGAAAAUUGUAUUUUUUGAUAAGUGUGUAUUCAAUUAGUGGUGCGUUACCUACAAUCUAGGGCUCCUUAGUACCUACAUCAUGCCGAUAACAGUAAAAGUCAAAGAAAAACAGCUGGAUUCAUUCUUGAAACUCACAUGUAUUAUUGGUCUUUCUGAUGAAGAUAAAAUGAUACAUGUAACAAAUAAUUUUAUUGUUAAUGGUUUGGCUAAUGUAUGUUUAAGAUUUAAAUGCAAUGGUAUGGGAACCCCCCUCGUAUGUAGUAUCUUAUCAUUUAGCCUUAAAAAGGCUGAAGGCUGGAAAGUCAAACUGAAAGUAUCUUGUCAAGAAACAGAUAUACCGUUUUAUUCUGAAUGGGUGUGCAAUGGCCAAUGGAAAACGAUUGGACAGAGAUUGUGCUCCGAUACAUCAUUAGAUAAUGUCUAUAUAAACAUUAUCAAUAUUAAUAUAACUACUGGUAAGGUGGAAGAAUCCUUUCAUAAGAAGAUUUAUGAUGAUGUUGAUUUUACUGAUUUUAACUUGAGUGCUGCUGAUGGGAGCGUGGCUGUCCACAGAACAUACCUAGCGGCCCAUAGUGAUGUGUUUCGAGCAAUGUUAAGGAAAGAGUGGAAGGAGGCAACGGAGGGCUGUGUCCAGAUAGAGGGAGUCACUCGGCAGACCCUCCAGCACUUGAAGGAUUACAUGUACCUCCGCACUUUGCCUAAUGAAGGCCUUGAGCCCCUACUAUUGCUAGGUUCAUACUACUUAAUGGAUGAUCUGAAAGAACAGUGUGUCUCAAAGCUGGCUCUUAAUUGUACAUCUAAAGAGUGGAGUAGACUUCUAGAAUUUGCUGCGGUGAAUAAAAUAUCUGAAUUGAUUAGUGGCCUGAUGCUGAAUCCCUCAACGGCUGUUCAAAAGCAGAAGGAGAAGGAGGUUGAAGAUAAGGAAUGAAAACAGUAUAGUGGAGAUAAUAUUUUUUAUGUUAUUAAAGAAGAAGUUAA